AUGAGAUUGAACAGGAAUUAUUUAAUUUCUUCUUUUUCCCCUUCAAUAGCUUUUAAUUUUUUAAUUCCAUUAAUUCUGCUCUUAAUUAUAUUUAAUGAUACAAAUUCAUCAGUAUUUCCAAACAGACUGCAAGCAGAUAAUGUAUUAUUAAAAGCACAAAUGAGAUUUAAAAGAGAUUUUCAACUGCCUUUACAACAAAAUGAAUCUCCAAAUAUUGAUAUAACACGAUCAAAGAGAGGUUAUUUUGGUGGAGGCGUUAUGGCUCAAAAAGCUCGUAUUGGCACAGAAGUUGGGUACGUGUGUGGAAAACGGGGGGACAACAAAAAGUUGAACAGAAUGGAGAGGUAACGACAAUUGUGCCAACAAGCAGUUCAACAACUCCUUCAACUACCACAACAGCUAUUGAGCUCGAAAGCUUUAGAAUGCUCCAAUUGGAUGAAUCGACUUCU